AGAAAGUGGGCGUGGCUUGUAGAUCUUUAUCUAUAAAGGACUGCAGCUCGCCCAUACAUGUAUAUGUAGCAGCAGUCAACACAAGUAUAUAUAUGUGAUGGCUUACAACAAGGGUACUACCACUACAUUGAAAUCCAGUGCCUCCCUGGUGGCCAACAAUCUCUCAGUGCUGACUGGGCUGGAGGGAGACAGCACUACCCUUGCAGUCACUCACAAGGGAUCCAUCAAUAUCGUACAUGCUGCCUCGGGAGUCAGCAAUCUCGAGGAGGUGUUUUAUGAUGAGUCGAAGAGCAGUAAAGAUCCAGCCUCUUAUCUAACUGGGGCAAUGUGGUGUCAACUUCAAUCGUUACGUGUUGUCCUCAUUUUGACCUCAUUCAAAGGAUUUCAGAUUCUGGAGUGGAAUGGAAGCAAGCAACUCUAUCUGAACAGAUUUGAUACGCCUGAGGGUUCAUUUGCUAGUAGAUUUGCCAGAGGCAUUGCUUCAGUUGGAAACUACGUCUGCAUUGGUACUUCUGAGGGUCCCAUUCUGGUGCUCAAUGUUUCAGCCCAGAGUGGAGAUGUCAAGUUCACCAAGCAGUUGCAGGCCCACUCCUAUCCCAUCUGUGCACUGGCUACUAAUGAGAAGGGUCGUCUGGCCAGUUGUGAUGAGAGAGGAGUGAUUGUGGUCUGGUUAGAUCCCAUCACUUGUGAUGACACCUUUGCCGUUAUCAAUGAUUCAAGUAACGUUCCAUGUCAGUGUCUUUGUUUCUGGAAAUCUCUGCUGAUUGGUGGAUUCUCAAAUGGUCUGAUAAAGAUCUACAACAGUGAGACGAGCGCUAAGAUGGUGGAGAUAGCUGCUCACGCUCGUUGCAUCAAUGCCCUCGAUGUGGCACUACAGGCUGGACUGUUGCUGUCUGCUUCUGAGGACAGUACUGUCAGUGUGUGGAAACUGCCAACUGAUGUAGACUCUAACAAGGUGUCCCUUGUCUACUCAACGACAGUUGCCAACAGUGUGUUGUGUGGAGGACGUUUCAUUGGUCCAUUUGGGGCCAGGUUUGCAGUGUCCAGUUUUGACAGCACAGAACUAUUAACAUUCACUAAGUCAUAGCGCGAACAUGCAAGCUCCCUGGACUAUGAUUAUAGCUCUUACGACUAUUGGCUAGUCAUCACUUAUAUUUUAUGAUAAUACAUGUAUUGUACAGUAUGUGGCAGCAAAUUUUUCACUUGUAAACUCA